ACACAAUACAACAGUCUAUAUACACGGUUCCUAUAUUUGUAAUUUUAUUUGAAGUGGAAGAAGAAACUGGAAAGGGCGAAUUACAAGUGGGAGAGGAUUAAAUUAUAAUUGCCGGCGGCGGGCGGGACGGGGCGGAGCGGAGCCGAGGCGGCUUAGCGAUGAUAACGCGAUCGAAUCUAGCGGAGCAGCUGAGAGAAUACCAGAUUCGGUCCAAGCACGAUUGGGCUUCCGUCUCUUUCUUCUCCUCCACCUCUAAUCUCUCUUCUUCCCGGGUGGAUGUUGUAGUCUUUGUAAUUUGGGAGCUUGUGAUCUUAGCAUUUCUGGUUUUCUCAGCUGUUUCGUUAUACUUCAGACAACUGAGGCUUGCUUUUAUUUUAUUAUGUGUUACGUUACUAUUGCUUCUGUGCAUGAAGAUUACCAAACAAGUAAGACAGGCUAGGAGAAAGAAGCGAAGGAUGCUUCUUCCGCUGUCAAUGUAACAGUUCUUACAAGUGGUCAACAUUGACUCUGUAAAUUGAAGCUGUUUGAUACCAUUUACUUGUUAAACAUUGGCAUUUGAUGUCCAUGGAAUACACCAACCAGUAUCCUUGGAAUAGAAUCCUGAUUUGCAAUAUUGGAUGCAUGACCUCUAUCUGAGAAUGAGGAUUGGAUUCUAUACAUUGCGGAGAAAUUGGUGUUUAAAUGAUUUCUACAUGAGGUUUGAGGUCUUCAAAUUGUUAGUUGAGUGAUACAUAGACCGUCUGUGCGAUGCU